AUGGGACAUCACAGAGCUGAGUCCGAGGUGAUCAUCAUCAACUCGGAUGACGAUGACCUGGAAGUGACGCCCUAUAUGGGUGCGGACACUCCUUCUAGUACUUACCGUGCCAAUCUUGGAUGCGCGCGACAUGCAGCUCACUAUAUACCAGACAGAAACCCCGCUUCCAUUAAAUACGAAGAGCCUACGAAUACCCCUGUGCCUACAUCCACUCCGAAAUGUCUCAAAUCCGAAGCUAUCAAUACUCCGUCGCGCAUCAUAUCGAGUACACCGGUCAAGAACCAUCAGGACAGUGACGAUGAUUUCAACGAUGGCGAGGCAGCAUACAAGAAGUUCAAAGGGCGCAAAUCUCUCAAGCGCAGGCAAAGCAAAGGCUCCAAAAAAGAACACCAGGACCAAAAGAUGGUCGGUCUCGUGAAGCAAGCCCGCGCAACACCGAGGCCCAAGCGGCGGUUGAAGGAAUAUGGCGAUGUCUCAUCGGAGGAUGAGCUGAUGGAGCAUACGCUUCCGGGAUAUCUGAAGCAGCGUAGGGCUCAAUUUCACCGGAAACAAGAACAUCUCAAGGAGUACGGACUAAAGCUGCCGCCUUCCUACGAUGUCGUUCACUUUUCUGAUGAUGAGCGUCUUGAAUAUCUGCAGGAAAAGCCAUCAUUUCCAGAAAGAAAACCUAUGAGGGAAUACAAGGAUAUUACGAUGCCGUAUUCUCUUGGUCUGAUUCCUGCUCCAAUCGCGCAGUGGCUGCGCCAAUAUCAAGUGGAAGGAGUCUCCUUCUUGCAUGAGAUGUUUGUCUACCAGAAGGGUGGUAUUCUCGGUGAUGAUAUGGGUCUGGGCAAGACCAUUCAAGUGAUUGCAUUUUUGACCGCCGCCUACGGCAAGACUGGCGAUGAGCGAGAUUCUAAAAGGAUGCGCAAGAUGCGCAGAUCGGGCGACAGCACUUGGUAUCCGCGCACGCUAAUUAUAUGCCCUGGUACACUGAUCUCGAACUGGAUUUCUGAGCUGCAGCGGUGGGGAUGGUGGCAUGUCGAUGUCUACCAUGGCAGCAACAAGGAGCUUGCCCUCGAUGCAGCCAAGUCGGGCAGACUGGAGAUUCUGAUCACCACCUACACGACCUACGUGAGCAAUAAAGACUCUGUGAACAUGGUCGAAUGGGACUGUGUGAUUGCGGACGAAUGCCACAAGAUCAAGGAACGAAAGUCAGAAACCACUCAAGGAAUGAAUGAAAUCAACGCUCUGUGUCGAAUUGGCUUGACAGGCACGGCUAUCCAAAAUAAAUAUGAAGAGCUAUGGACCCUUCUGAACUGGACCAAUCCCGGCGUCAUUGGACCCGUCACGACGUGGAAAGCGCAGAUUGCGGAACCGUUGAAGAUCGGACAAUCGCACGAUGCUACUCUAAAUGAACUCAGCAAGGCUCGAAGAACGGCCAAGAAGCUCGUUGAAAACCUACUUCCUCAAUUCUUCUUGCGCCGCAUGAAGAGUUUGAUUGCAGACCAGCUACCGAAAAAGAGUGAUCGGGUUGUCUUUUGUCCUCUGACCUGGACCCAGGCAGAAGCCUACGAGAAUUUCUUGGAUAGCGAUAUCGUGACCACAAUCAGGUAUUCCAGCGAACGUUGUGAUUGUGGAUCGGGGAAGAAGAAAGGGUGGUGUUGUCACAAGUUUGUCCCCGGCACAGACAAGACAUGGCAGUCUUAUGUCUUCCCUGCUAUUGCGGUCCUACAGAAGCUCAGCAAUCAUCUUGCCAUCCUGAUUCCCCAAGGAAAUGACUCCAGGGAGAAACAAGAGAAGGAAAAAGAGAUGCUGCAAAUAGCAUUGCCUGAUCAAUGGGAAGGCCUGUACCGCUCCCGAGACUCCAUUGUCAACUAUGCGAACCCCGAGUUCUGUGGGAAAUGGAAAGUCCUGCGCAAGCUGCUGCGGUGGUGGCAUGCCAAUGGUGAUAAAGUCCUCGUCUUCUCACACAGCGUGCGCUUGCUGAAGAUGCUGCAAAUGCUGUUCAACCACACCAGCUACAAUGUGAGCUACCUGGACGGGUCGAUGAAAUAUGAAGACCGCGCCAAGGCCGUGGACGAGUUCAACUCCGAUCCAAACCAAUUUGUCUUCCUGAUCUCCACCAAGGCCGGUGGUGUUGGGCUGAACAUCACGUCAGCGAACAAGGUCGUGGUGGUGGACCCGAACUGGAACCCCUCUUAUGACCUCCAGGCACAGGAUCGAGCCUACCGCAUCGGACAGGUUCGCGACGUCGAGGUCUUUCGGCUUGUCUCUGUCGGCACAAUCGAAGAGAUCGUCUACGCCCGACAAAUCUACAAGCAGCAACAAGCCGAAAUCGGAUACACCGCCAGCUCUGAGCGACGCUAUUUCAAAGGCGUCCAAGAAAAAGCAGAUCAAAAGGGCGAGAUCUUCGGUAUGCAGAACCUCUUCGCUUAUCAACACGACAACGUCGUCCUUCGCGACAUCGUCAAUAAGACCAACGUCGCCGAAAGCCGCGCCGGUGUUCAAGUCAUGCACUUUGAGGUCCAGGAAGAGGAUGAAACCGACUUCACUGGCGAGGGACGCGUCAAAGCCGAGGACGAAGCAAUGAGCCAAAUCGCCGCCAUGGUCCGCGGUGAGGCUGAUGCGGACGGUCCCAAAUCCGAGUCUAAACCCGCACGCAGCCACGAUCCUAUCCAAGCGAUCCUCGCCGGCGCCGGCGUCGAAUACACUCACUUGAACAAUGAAGUCAUCGGCUCCUCCCGCGUCGAAGAACGCCUUAGCCGCCGCGCCGAGCAAGUCACCAACGACCCCGACGCAGACUUCCAGAUCUUCGAGCCCUCUCAAAUCGCCGACGCCGUCGAUUCUCUCUCAUCCCCUCGCGAUCAACCCCCGCUGCCCUCUCUCUUUCGGGGCCCGCAGGGCAAGAUCGUCCGGUUUCAGUAUCACCCGCCUGAGGAUGUGAAACGCCGCCAGUUCUGCAGCAUGGCGCGGCGGUUUGGAUAUGCCGAUGCCACGGAGUUUGCACUUGUCGUGGAGAAUAUGACGCAGGCUCAACGGAGGGGGUGUCUAGAUAAGUGGUACCAGGAGAGGAGAAAUGUUGUGCUCUCCAAUGAGGAGAAGCUAGCUGUGAAGGAGGAAGAACGUGCCCAGGGCGGGUAG